CCCAUAUAAACCCCCUCCUCCCUCUCCAUUGCCUUCACCUCACUCGCCGCCGGUGAUCAGCCUCCUCCUCCUUCUUCUCCAUCGCCGGCGAGAGAGAGAGAGAGUUAGCUAGCUAGGAUGGGUUCUACAGCCGCCGACAUGGCCGCGGCGGCCGACGAGGAGGCGUGCAUGUACGCGCUGCAGCUGGCGUCGUCGUCGAUCCUGCCGAUGACGCUCAAGAACGCCAUCGAGCUGGGCCUGCUCGAGACGCUGCAGUCCGCCGCCGUCGCCGGAGGAGGGGGGAAGGCGGCGCUGCUGACGCCGGCGGAGGUGGCCGACAAGCUGCCGUCCAAGGCGAACCCGGCGGCGGCCGACAUGGUGGACCGCAUGCUCCGCCUGCUCGCCUCCUACAACGUCGUCAGGUGCGAGAUGGAGGAGGGCGCCGACGGCAAGCUCUCCCGCCGCUACGCCGCCGCGCCGGUGUGCAAGUGGCUGACGCCCAACGAGGACGGCGUCUCCAUGGCCGCCCUCGCCCUCAUGAACCAGGACAAGGUCCUCAUGGAGAGCUGGUACUACCUUAAGGACGCAGUCCUGGACGGCGGCAUCCCGUUCAACAAGGCGUACGGGAUGACGGCGUUCGAGUACCACGGCACGGACGCCCGCUUCAACCGCGUCUUCAACGAGGGCAUGAAGAACCACUCCGUCAUCAUCACCAAGAAGCUGCUCGACCUCUACACCGGCUUCGACGCCGCCUCCACCGUCGUCGACGUCGGCGGCGGCGUGGGCGCCACUGUGGCCGCCGUCGUCUCCCGCCACCCGCACAUCCGGGGGAUCAACUACGACCUCCCCCACGUCAUCUCCGAGGCGCCGCCGUUCCCCGGGGUGGAGCACGUCGGCGGCGACAUGUUCGCCUCCGUGCCCCGCGGCGGCGACGCCAUCCUGAUGAAGUGGAUCCUCCACGACUGGAGCGACGAGCACUGCGCGCGGCUGCUCAAGAACUGCUACGACGCGCUGCCGGAGCACGGGAAGGUGGUGGUGGUGGAGUGCGUGCUGCCGGAGAGCUCCGACGCGACGGCGAGGGAGCAGGGGGUGUUCCACGUCGACAUGAUCAUGCUCGCCCACAACCCCGGCGGCAAGGAGAGGUACGAGAGGGAGUUCAGGGAGCUCGCCCGCGCCGCCGGAUUCACCGGCUUCAAGGCCACCUACAUCUACGCCAACGCCUGGGCCAUCGAGUUCACCAAGUAGGUGAUUGGUGAUCGAUCGCCAUUGUUGAGCUCGAUCAAGGUGUUCGACCAUCGUCUUCUUCUUCUCGUACUUCUUGUUCUUCAUCCAAAAGCGUGGGUAAUCAUGUCGUUUGCUGCUGGCUGAUGCUGCUGCUGCUUGUGUUGUACUUUUGAUGUUCAAUUCCGGUGAUUCUGAGUUCUAAUGGAUGUAACCUGUCUGCUAUUAUAUAUAUAUAUAAUCGAAUAUAUGAUAUAUUUACUUACGACU